CUGAUAUUUCCACAUGAGAUAUCAAACAAUGGCCGACAUCACCAGCAUCCUUGCGGAUUUCCGCGCAGCUUCUGAAGCAGCGACCAAAGGAUUACCAGAGCCGGACUCUGUGGGGUCUCCGGACAAUGGCAUUUCUCUGCUAGACGCGAAGAAUGAGAUAUUUCUAUCGUAUCUGCAGGCGCUCGCAUUGCGCAAUCUCAAUGUCAUCCGAUCGCUGAAGGAAGGCGCGGAUGCCGAAGCAGCACAAGAACUUAGCAACGAAAUUACGAAGAAAUUAGUCGAGCAUCGUGUCUACCUGGAACGUGGAAUUCGACCUCUUGAGCAAAAGCUCAAAUUCCAGGUAGACAGGGUCGUCAAAGCGGCAGAGGAGGCGCAAAGCGCAGCGAAACAGCCAGUGAGAAACGGGAGCAGCAAGAAGGCCACUCAAAACGGAAACGCUGGAGACGAGAGUUCGGGAGAUGACAGCGAGGAUGACGACGACGAUGACAGCUCCGUCUCUUCGGUUGAACAAGUCGACAAGACAGCCUUCCGGCCCAAUCUUUCCAUGAUGGCCAAUAAGGACACACGUGCGACUGCGAGCCAGAGGCCACAAGCGCAAGAGGACGCUGUGUACCGUCCACCACGAGUUUCCGCAACAGUCAUGCCUACCACCGAUCGUCGCGAACGUGCUGAGAGGAAACCUAUAAGGUCCAAGACCUUGGACGAAUUCGUUUCCAGCGAAUACUCACAAGCACCUAUGGCCCAGCCUAGCAUCGGCAGCAACAUCGCUGCCGGAGGACGUCAUAACAAAAAUGCUCGACAGCUUAAGGAAGAACAGGAGAGGCGCGAUUAUGAAGAAAUCAACCUUGUACGUCUGCCCAAACAAUCGAAGAAAGAGUUGGCCAUGAAGGGCUAUGGUCGUGACAAGGAUGGCGGGUUUGGAGGCGAGGAGUGGAGAGACUUGAGCACGAGUUUGGAUCGUAUCGGUGAUCUUACACGUCGCAAGAGUAAGGACACUGUCUUGGAUAAGAGCCGGAAGCGAAGAGCUGUCGAAGAUGGACCUCGCGGCGACGGCAUAGGUUCACAGUUCGACGUCAAGAGGAAGCGAAUGCAGAGAAGAGGGCAAAUGUGACGCAGUAUGCCUUUGACUAAACACCAGGCUUGUCUUUGAUGGGACGAUGAACGAUGUCUUAUUAAAGGCGUGACUGCGGUACAUUGGACUACCGUUGCAUUAUUCGUACAUCAAAUUGCUACAUAUCGAUCGCCAGCUCAGGUACUCGCCAUCUUAGUCGGCAAAAUCUCAGCAGCCUUCGCGAUCAAAA